AUUUACUUUAAUUUUCAAUUUUUUCUUUCCUCAUUGUUCUUUUAAAAUCUCUCUAACAAAAAAUGGCAGAUAAUUCACAGAAGAUGGCUUACAAUGCCGGAGAAGCUAAGGGGGAAGCUCAGGAGAAGGCGAGCAAUUUGAUGGACAAGGCAAGCGAUACAGCCCAAUCAGCCAAGGAAUCGAUGCAAGAGGCUGGACAACAAUUAAAGGCCAAGGCACAAGGCGCAGCUGAUGCUGUCAAGGAUGCUACUGGCAUGAACAAAUGAAGCCUUCGUCUCAUCUAUAUAUAUAUAUAUAUAUAUAUUUUAUUAGUAAUUUUCUUGAAUUCUCUUUUGCAAGAGAUUUUUCGUUUUUUGUGUUUGGUUUAUUUCUAACCCUUUCCCUCUCUUCACAAGAGGGAAAGAGAGUUUUUAUGUAAUGAGUUUUCUUUUUUGUGCUUUUGGGUUUUGAUUUUUCCUUUUUAGUGUUUGGUUUAUUUCUAGUAUCUUCCUUUUACUGUUGAGAGCUUUCUCUAAUCUUGGCAUAGUGAAUAAAGAGAACUCUCUCGUUGCCAUUUUUUAGUUGAAA